GUGGGCUCACUGGGGGUCUGGCUCGUCAGCUGAGCGCAGAGGCUCACAGUCGAGCAGAGACUAGGCGAGGCGAGGCGGGCGGCAGCAGGGACGCCGAGGAACCAGCUCGACAUGCGGCCAUUGUGGAUAUGCUGGACGCUCCUGGCAGGCCCGCUGCAGGUGGCAGUCCUAGCUGGCGAGAAGGCGGGUGGGCCCUCUUCACCGCCGUGCACGAGGGGCUUCACGCAAGAGGAAUACACAGCGGAGACGCGACAAGAGCCGGAAGAGGGACAGGCCGUCGUCAACGUGAGCUUCCGGGAUUGCGGCGAAGGGAAGGUGCGGCUCGACGCUGACGACGUGUUCCAAGUGAGCCAAGAGGGCACGGUCUACGUGCGGAAUAGUGUUGGAAGAGGGGAGAAAAUGGCGGCGAUUCACGCCCGAGACCCUCAAAGCCAACAGACCUGGAAGACCAGAGUGCGACUUUUUGUCAAGCCCGACACGGCUGGGACACGACAGGUGAAGAGUGAUGACGCCACCGACGGGGAGAUGAAGAUGUUGUUCCCGUGGCGCGGCGGCGGCGGGAAGGUCGUCAGGGGUGACGGGGCUCUGCGGCGAGUCAAGAGGGACUGGGUCAUUCCGCCCAUCAACGUGCCCGAGAACUCAAGGGGACAGUUCCCCGAGGACCUUGUCAGGAUCCGAUCGGAUCGGGACAAGAGCUGGUUGCUGCGCUACAGCGUAACGGGUCCCGGUGCCGACCAGCCGCCCACGGGCAUCUUCAUCAUCAAUCCCAUCUCGGGUCAGCUGUCCGUCACCAAGCCUCUGGACCGGGAGCACAUUGCCAACUUCCAUUUGCGAGCCCACGCUGUGGACUUAAACGGCAACCAGGUGGAGACCCCGGUGGAGAUCCACAUCAACGUCAUUGACCAGAACGAUAACCGUCCGGAGUUCACGCACACAGUCUUUAACGGAACCGUGCCGGAAGGCUCCAAGCCAGGAACCUUCGUCAUGACCGUGACGGCGGUGGACAAGGACGAUCCCAAGACGGCCAAUGGGAUGCUGCGCUACAAGAUCCUGACUCAGAGUCCCCAAAGCCCGUCCACCAACAUGUUCACCAUUAACAACAAGACGGGUGACAUCAUCACCGUGGCGGCGGGCCUGGACCGCGAGAAAGUAUCUCAGUACACGCUGAUCAUCCAGGCCACCGACAUGGAAGGGAACCCCACGUACGGCCUUUCCAACACCGCCACUACAGUCAUCAAGAUCACAGACGUCAACGACAACCCGCCGGAAUUCACCACCGACACGUUCUUUGGCGAGGUCCACGAGAACUCUGUGAACGUGAUCGUGACCAAUCUGACGGUGACGGACAAAGACCAGCCGCACUCUUCGGCCUGGAACGCCGUCUACCGCAUCGUCUUCGGAGACCCCGUCGGGCACUUCUCCAUUCCGACAGACCCAGCCACCAACGUUGGGCGCCUCACUGUGGUCAAGCCAAUCGACUUUGAGCUAACUCGCUCGUAUGUGCUGAGCGUGGCGGCGGAGAACGAGGCCCCGCUGGCCCGCGGCAUCCACUCGCCGCGCCAGUCUACCGCCACCGUCUCCAUUCGCAUCCUGGACCUCAACGAGAGCCCCGAGUUCAGCCCCAAUCCCAAACCCAUCAAGCUGGACGAGGGCUUGCCCGCCGGCUCCAUGCUCACCACCUACACAGCGCAAGACCCCGACCGCUUCAUGAGGCAGACCAUCCGGUACUCCAAGAUGUACGACCCCGCCAACUGGCUGGAGAUCGACCCGCUCAACGGCCGCAUCUCCACCAUCGCCAUGCUGGACCGCGAAUCGCCGUACGUCAAGAACAACCUGUACAACGUCACCUUCAUGGCCGCCGACAACGGCGUUCCCCCCGCCAGCGGCACGGGCACCCUCCAGAUGUACCUCCUGGACAUCAACGACAACGCGCCGCACGUCUUCCCUCCAGAGGUGGAGAUGUGCGAGCGACCCGAGGCAGGAAGCGGCCUCAACAUCACGGCCUCGGACCCCGACCUUAGCCCUAACGCCGGCCCCUUCGCCUUCGAGCUGCCCACGCGCCCGUCUGACGUGCGACACAACUGGACGCUCGUACGACUCAGCGGCGAGCACGCCCAGCUGCGUCUCCGCACCGGCUCCCUACCGCACGGCGUCUACGAAGUCCCCGUCACCGUCACCGACUCGGGCAACGUUCACAUGUCCAACACCACGUACCUGCGCGUCAAAGUGUGCCAGUGCGACCACCACGGCGACUGCGUGGACAUGCAGCGCAUCAUGGCCGCCGGCCUGGGCAUGGGAGCCGUCAUCGGGAUCCUCGUCUUCAUCAUCCUGCUGCUCGUCUUAGUGCUGGUGUUCGGCAUGUGGAUGAAGAGGCGGGACAAGGAGCGGCAGGCCAAGCAGCUCCUCAUCGACCCCGAAGACGACGUGCGCGAUAACAUUCUCAAAUAUGACGAAGAAGGCGGCGGCGAGGAAGACCAGGAUUACGACCUGAGCCAGUUGCAGCAGCCCGACUCGGUGGCCGACGGCGAGUGCGGGGUCAAGGUGGGCAUCCGCCGUCUGGACGAGCGGCCCCUUCAUCACGACCACCAGUACCCGCUCAGGUCCGCCGCGCCCCACCCUGGAGACAUCGGCGACUUCAUACAUGAGGGCCUGAAAGCGGCGGACAACGACCCGACGGCGCCGCCGUACGACUCGCUGCUGGUGUUCGACUACGAAGGCGGCGGGUCGACGGCCGGCUCGCUCAGCAGCCUGCACUCGGCCUCCAGCGGCGCCGACCAGGACUACGACUACCUCGGGGACUGGGGGCCCCGUUUCCGCAAGCUGGCCGACCUCUACGGCGGCGCCGACGACUGACUCCGCCCCACGUUUAUCCGGGACGCUUUGUGUUUCCAGGAGCGGACUCCCACUUGAAUCUCACGUCAACACUGAGGUCUAACGUGCCUUUAUGUACAUUGUCUUUGGCUCGCGUGGCCUCCGAUUGGUGGAGCUGGAGCAGGGGUGGGCAAAGGGCGGCGCGCGGGCCCGGCGCGGCCCGCUGUGUUCAUUUGUCGCGCCUCACAGGCUUGUUAGAAGUUGUCAUUAAAUCAUUCAAAAUUGGUAAACAGAUGUACUUGAUAUGAAAAAAAAAAAUCCCUAUUCUCUUUUUAUUCAACAUUUUCAUUAAAAAUUUGCGAAUGUAUUUUUUAUUUUUUAAUAAGCCCUGUCCUUUUUCUUUUUUUUAACUCAUUAGCUCAUUAAAAAUGAGUUAAUAUUUACUGUAAAUAUUAUAGGCUAUUAAUAUUAGCAAAAUAGCAUAUACCGUAAUUUCCGCAGUAUAAAGCGCACGGCAGUAUAAUGCUGCGUUCCAAUUGGACGCAUUUUUUUUAUCCUCGUCGCACGAUGGUUUCCAUAUAAAGUCAAUGUAAUCGCGCGUUAAGGUGGGACAGAUGGUGAUGUCACCGGUUUGACUAGGUUUUUAUGGAAAUUUCUUGCCGCAGUCUGAUCUUGGUCUGCCAUUGUCGGCGCUUACGGAAGUGUAUUGCUGCCACUUAAAAAAAAAAAAAAGUCCAGUAUCAUGUUUUUACAUGACAGUAUCAUGUAAACACGUGAAAACUAUCAUUUAAAAUUGCGUAAAGUAUCAUGUAUAAACAUGAUAAUUAUGUAAAAAAAAAAUUGGUAAAAACGUGAAAACUAGUAGAGAAAACUGUGAUCAUCAUGUAGAAACGUGAUAAUUAUCAUGUAAAAAACAUAACUGUAGGAAAAUGAAAACUUGUAAAAACAUGAAAAUUACCUUGUAAAAAUGAAAUCAUGUUAAGAACGAUUUAAUACUGUAAAACUGAUAAUUAUGUAAAAAUUUUAAAACUAUCAUUCAAAAAUGUGAUAAUUAUCAUUUCAAAAUGUGCUAAUUACAAGGUACAAAUAUGAUAAUUAUCAUGCAAAAAACGUGAUUAUGUAAAAACGAUUGUAUUAUGUAUAAACAAUAAUUAUGUAAAAAAAACAAUUAUUAAGUAAAGUGAAAUCUCAUAGAAAACUGAUCAUUAUGUAAAAAUGUGAUAAUUAUCAUCAAAAUGUGCUAAUUAUGUAAAAACGUGACAAUUAUGUAAAAAAACGUAAUAAUUAUGUAGAAACCAGGAAACUUGACAUUUAUCAUGUCAAAACGCGAUAAUUAUGUAAAAAUGAUGUCAAGUAAAAACGUGGAAACUACGUAACAUGAUAAAAACGUGAUAAUUAUCAUGUCAAAAUGUGCUAAUUACAAGGUACAAAUAUGACAAUUAUGUAAAAAAUGAUUACAUCAUGUGUGAACACAUUAUGUAAAAAAAAAAAAACGAGUAAAAACGUGAAAACUCAUAGAAAACUGAUCAUUAUGUAAAAAUGUGAUAAUUAUCAUCAAAAUGUGAUAAUUAUCAUGUAAAACGUGGAAACUGUAGAAACGCGAUAAUUAUCAUGUAAAAAACGUAAUAAUUAUGUAGAAACGGGAAAACUUGUUUAUCAUGUCAAAACGCGAUGAUUAUGUAAAAAUGUGAUAUCAUGUAAAAACAUGGAAACUGUAAAAACGUGAUAAUGAUGUAAAAACUAUCAUUUGAAAAUUUGAUAAUUAUCAUGUCAAAAUAUGCUAAUUACAAGGUACAAAUAUGAUAAUUAUCAUGCAAAAAAGUGAGUCAAAAUGUGAUAAUUAUGUAAAAAAAGGAUUGUAUCAUGUAUAUGAACACAAUAAUUAUGUAAAAAAAACAACUAAGUAAAAACGUGAAAUCAUGGAAAACUGAUCAUAAUGUAAAAAUGUGAUAAUUAUCAUGUCAAAAUGUGCUAAUUACGAGGUACAAAUAUAAUCAUGCAAAAAACGUGAUUAUGUAAAAAUACGAUAAUUAUGUAAAAACAAUUAUAACAUGUAUUAACACAAUAAUUAUGUAAAAUACAAUUAAGUAAAAACGUGAAAACUCAUAGAAAACUGAUUAUGUAAAAAUGUGAUAAUUAUCAUCAAAAUGUGAUAGUUAUGUAAAAGCGUGAUAAUUAUCAUGUAAUAAAAACGUAAUUAUGCAGAAACCACAAAACUUGAUAUUUAUCAUGUCAAAACGCGAUGAUUAUGUAAAAAUGUGAUAUCAUGUAAAAACAUGGGAACUAUGUAAAAACGUGAUAAUUAUCAUGUAAAAACUAUCAUUUAAAAAUGUGAUAGUUCUCAUGUCAAAAUGUGCUAAUUACAAGGUACAAAUAUGAUAAUUAUGAUGCAAAAAAAAACGUGAAUGAGUCAAAAUGUGAUAAUUAUGUAAAAAAAAGGAUUGUAUCAUGUAUAUGAACACAAUAAUGUAAAAAAAAAAACAACUAAGUAAAAACGUGAACUCAUGGAAAACUGAUCAUUCUGUAAAAAUGUGAUAAUUAUCAUGUCAAAAUGUGUUAAUUUCGAGGUACAAAUAUAAUUAUCAUGCAAAAAACGUGAUUUAAAAAUACGAUAAUUAUGUAAAAACGAUUAUAUCAUGUAUUAACACAAUAAUUAUGUAAAAUACAAUUAUUAAGUAAAAACGUGACAACUCAUAGAAAACUGAUUAUGUAAAAAUGUGAUAAUUAUCAUCAAAAUGUGAUAGUUAUGUAAAAGCGUGAUAAUUAUCAUGUAAUAAAACGUAAUUAUGUAGAAACCAGAAAACUUGAUAUUUAUCAUGUCAAAACACGAUGAUUAUGUAAAAAUGUGAUAUCAUGUAAAUACAUGGAAACUAUGUAAAAACGUGAUAAUUAUCAUGUAAAAACUAUCAUUUAAAAUGUGAUAGUUAUCAUGUCAAAAUGUGCUAAUUACAAGGUACAAAUAUGAUAAUUAUGAUGCAAAAAAACGUGAAUGAGUGAAAUUGUGAUAAUUAUGUAAAAAAAGGAUUGUAUCAUGUAUAUGAACACAAUAGUUAUGUAAAAAAAACAACUAAGUAAAAACGAACUCAUGGAAAACUGAUCAUAAUGUAAAAAUGUGAUAAUUAUCAUGUCAAAAUGUGCUAAUUACGAGGUACAAAUAUAAUUAUCAUGCAAAAAACGUGAUUAUGUAAAAAUGCGAUAAUUAUGUAAAAACGAUUAUAUCAUGUAUUAACACAGUAAUUAUGUAAAAUACAAUUAAGUAAAAACGUGAAAACUCAUAGAAAACUGAUUAUGUAAAAAUAAUUUUUUAAAUGUGAUAGUUAUGUAAAAACGUGAUAAUUAUGAUGUUAAAAAACGUAAUAAUUUUGUAGAAAAGGGAAAACUUGAUAUUUGUACUAUAUAUAUUUAAACACGAUGAUUUUGUAAAAAUGUAAAAACGUGGAAACUAUGUAAAAACGUGAAAAUUAUCAUGUAAACGCAUAAUUAUGUAAAAAACGGCAUAAAAAUGUAAAAAUGUGAAUUGUGUAAAAAUGUCAAAACUCAUUUCAAAAUUCAAAAUGGGAUAUUUAUUAUGUCAAAACGUGAUUAUUAGGUUAAAAUGUGAUAAUUAUCGUGCAAAAAAAGUGACUAAAAAUGUGAUACUAUCACAAAACCAUGAUAUCACAAAACGUGAUAAAUUAUGUACAAAUGUGAUAAUUAUCAUGUCAAAACAUGGAAAUUAUCAUGUUAAAACGUGAUAAUUAUCAUGUACAAAACGUAAUAAAUAAAAACAUGAAAACUUGUAAAAACGUAAUCAUGUAAAAACGUAAAAACCUUUAUUUAAAAACGUUAUGAUUGUGUAAAAAUGUGAUAAUUAUGUAUAAACGUGCUACUGUCAUGUAAAAACAAGAUAAUUAUGUAAAAAUGUGAUGCGUAAAAUCGUGGAAAUUAUCACUUACAAACGUGAUCAUUAUCAUGUAAAAAAACGACAAUGUAAAAAUGUGACAACUAUGUAAAAAUGUAAAAACUCAUUUAAAAAUGUGAUCAUUAUCACGCCAAAACGUCAUGUAAAACCGUGAUAAUUAUCAUGUAAAUAUGUGGAAACUAUCAUGUAAAAACAUAUUUAUUAUGUAAAAACGUCAACAUUCGUAAAAACGUGCUAAUUAUGUAAAAAUGUGCUAAUUAUAAUGUAAAAAUGUGCUAAUUAUUAUGUCAAAUUGUGAUAAUUAUCAUGCAAAAAACGUGCUUAUAUAAAAUGUGAUAAAUAUAUAAAAAUGUGAUAAUUAUGCAAAAAAACGUGAUUAUGUAAAAAUGUGAUAUCAUGUAAAAACAUGGAAACUAUCAUGUAAGAACGAGAUAAUUUUGUGUGAAAAACAACUAUCACAUAAGAACAUGACAAAUAUUAUGUAAUAAUGUGUAAAAACAAUUAUAUGAAAACAAAAACGUAAUUAUAUAAAAACGUGAAAACUAUCAUGUAAAAAUGAGAUUUUUGUGUCAAAAAUAUCAGAUAAAAACAUGAUAAAUGUAAAAAUGAUAAUUAUCAUGUAAUAAACGUGAAAACUAUCACAUUUUUGCAAUGUGAUACAUGAAAAAAAACGUGAUUAUGUAAAUCUCGUUUUUAUAUGAUAGUUUUCACGUUUAUUAAAAAUUGUUAAAAAUGUGAUAAUUAUCAUGUAAUAAACGUGAAAACUCAUUUUAAAAAUGAUAAUUAUCAUGUAAUGAUCGUGACAACUCACAUUUUUACAUGAUAUGUAUCAGGUUUUUAUGUGAGUUUUGACACAAAAAUCUUGUUUUUACAUGAUAAUUAUUAUGUAAUAAACGUGAAAACUAUCAUGUAAAAACAUGAAAUGCAUACACUUCGAAUGCCGUCUGAGUACUUAGUCUAAACUUAGUGCUUAGUAACGGUAAAAUCUCUUCAUCACCCAAGAAAUGAAAUAAAAACAAUAUGUUAGCCAUUCUGCAGACAAUUUCCUCUUUCAAGGUUUCAAAGUGAUAUACUUUUAUGUCUUUAUACGAUAAUGAUCACGUUUUUACAUAAUUAUUACAUUUUCGCAUGAUGGGACUUUUUUUGUGUGUGUGUGGCAGCAAUAUGCUUCUAUAGGCGCUACAUGUCCCAUCCAAUUUGAACAGGAGGUUCGGCAGCAACUUAACGAAACUGCAUUACCCCUCCACUUCAAAUGGGUCGGACGUCUACAAGAUAUACUGUAAAUUCACAGCAGAGGACGCCACACAACAAGCUCGCCUUCUUACAUAGGUCAAUCCACGGUCGGAAAAACAAAAUAUCCAACAGUACAUAUUGCAUAGAAUGCAUAUUAAUUCUGAAUGAAUAAAUCUUUUUAUGUUGUCCAUUUUAAAAGCGCAAACGUUUGCCCGCCCCUGAUUUAACGCAAGCCACGGUCACCAUUUUGUGAGCGCAUGUGUGUGUUGUUCCCACAAAGAGACACACUCAAAUGUGCGAAAGGUCAGAAAAAAAAAAAAGUCUCAGCUUUGGUGUGCAGUUGCAGUUCUAUCGAAACAAAACAAAAAUUAAAGAGCAAACAAGUUGUUUUGCGUUAGCAUUUAGCCGCGAAUGGCAAGGGUGCCAUUGAAGGCAAUAAGACUUUCAAUUCUUUUGAACUGGGCGGACUGACGGUGAAUGCUUAUGUUUGAGUACCAUUGACGAGGAUAGACGUCGAAUCCAUUUGAGCUGGAGAUUCGACAUCUAGCGUUGUCAAUGGCAGCCGGUGAUUGUUUUUUGAUGCCCUGAUGCCUGAAUUUGAACAAUUUUAACAAAUAUACAUAUCGCAUUGGAGGAAUACAUAAGUACGAAAAAUAGUAUUAAUGCAAAAAAAAAAAAAUAGUAUUCUUGCAUAAAUAUUAGCUAUCGCUAUAAUUAAAUUGGGAAAAAAAUUAAGCAAAAAAUGAGAAAAAUUCUAAAAUUAAAUAUAUGCUAUAUAAGUAAAAGAAAUAAUAAAAGUAAAUAUAGAAAAUGAUUUUUUUUUUUAAAAAAGAACAAGAAGCCGCAAAUAAUGUAUUUAAAUAUAUUCCUUUUAAUGUUUUAUUUUUGUGGACCGCUUAUCCGCACAAGGGUCGCGGGGGUGCUGGAGCCUAUCCCGUGAACGUGAACCCCGAACUUGUUGCCAGCCAAUCACAGUAUUUAUUUGAAUCAUCAUUUUUGUUUUAUUUAUUUUUAAUUUUCUGUAUUUUGUUUCUUAAUUCUUUUAAUUUUUUAACGAUUUGUUUUUCUUUUACAUUUUUUUCUUUUUUUUCUUUUUAUUUCAAUUUUUGGGAAUUUUAAUUUUUUAACGGUUAAGUUUUGUAUUUUAUCAUUUAUUUUUAUAUGUUGUUAAUUUGUUUCUAUUUUAAUUGUUUUCACUAUUUUUAUUUUUUUUAUUAUAUAUUUUCUAUUUUAAUUUUACAAUUUUGUUAAUUUACUUAUUUUUAAUUUUCUAUAUUUUUCCUUCCUAUUUAUUUUUUUAUUCCAAAUAUUUUAUUUUAAAUUUUGAAUAUUUUUUUCCUAUUUCUUUUGUUUUUACGGUUUUUUUAUGACUGUUUUUCUUUUUUUUUGGUUUUACUAUUUUUUAUUUCAUUUUUCAAAAUUAUGAAUAUUUUUUUCUAUUUUCAUUGUUUACAAUUUUCUUAUUUUGAAUUUUGAAUUCAUUUUCUAGUACUUUUCUAUUUUUUUAUUCAAAAUUUUAUAUUUUGAUUUCUUUUUCUAUAUUGCUUUUCUAUUUUCAUUUUUUUAUUAUUAGUAAUUAUCUGUAUUUAGUAUUCUUGUAUUAACGCUAUUUUUAUGUACUAAUACAAUACUUUUUUAAUGUACAUUCAGGCAUCAUUUCAUUUAAAAAUGAUCAAAUUGAAAUGACGUGAAGAAAAAAAAAAUGUAAUGCUUGAUGUAAAGGAACACUGUGCAAAUGCGUUCAAUUUUUAAGCUGCACAACAAAGUUGAUUUUUUUUUUUUUUUUUUUAGUUUGUACGAAUUAUUAUUCUCGACGAGACGUGUACAGUAAAGCGCCCACUGCUUUUCUUCUCGGACAAUGCGACAUAUGCAGACGCCAGCCACCGGAGGGCGGUUUCGUCACCUCCGCUCGGUUACGCCGAAGCGGGCGAAACUUUGGACACGUUGGACGACUUUUUUUCUUCUUUUUUUUGGUUGUUCUAUCCAAAUCCUUGUACAUGUUCUUUGGAUUACACAUUAAAAUGAUUUUGCAUGUU